GUAGUGACCCUCCUGUACCUUGUGGUGCUCGUGCCUUUCAUUUUGCGGCGUUUCAAAGCUGUGGACAAAGGCGCAGGCGAGAAGGAGGGGAGCGUGGUCGCCAGGGCGCGGAGCCAGAACAGCUACGACGUCCGGCUGCAGGUGGUCGGCAGAUCGCUGAAGGGCCUGACGCUGCAGGGCUCCGGCAUCCUCGGGAAGAUGAGCGGAGGCAUGGGAGACGUGCUCGGGUACGAGAGGUACGGCACAUUCCUGAAGGUGGACGACAUCGUGGUCGACCUCGAGCUGGAGGUGGACGAUAUCAUCUGGGUUCACACAACGGUGGAGAGUGUGGUCAGUUUGUUCAAUUUUGAUGGGCUCCAGCUGCUCGCGCUCGACCUGAGCGACGAGCCGGGGAGCCUCAGGCCGCAGGUGCGCGUAUUGGUGGAGGCGGUCCUCGAUAAGGACUCGCCCGUGGUCACCCACCGGGUCGGGGACGCGAGCAAGUACCGCCCGGAGUACGGUUGCUGCAUCGUGGCCUAUCGGGAGUUCUCGGACAGUCGCGCCGCCGCGAAGGCGGCGGGCGAGCAGCGGCGGAUUUCCAGCCAGACUACGAGGCUGGAGACGAUCAUGGAGAGGGAGGUGUCCGUCGCCACAAGCGAGGCUUCGGAGGAGUCCGGCGUGCCCGGUCUCAAGCGAAGCUUCAGCAGGAGGGGCGGCAAGGCGGGCAUCAGCAGGGCCGGCGCCACCCCCGAGGUGAGGCUCGCGCACGGUGACCACGUGAUCUUCUUGGCCCCCCCGAGCUUCUACAGCACCUGGAAGGACAGCUCCGACUUCAUCGUGCUGCGUAGGCUCACCUCCAGCGACCUGGAGGGCGACGUCCAGGGCAGGGACAGCUACGCCGCGCCCGUGUCGGGCUGCAUCCUGCUGGGGCUCAUCGCCGUCGUCGCCUCCAACACUCUGGAGCUGCUGGAGGGCGUUUUCCUCGCCAUUUUCGCCCUGGUCCUCACAGGGUGCACGUCUAUGGACUCCGUGGUCCGGGCCGUCAAGCUCCGGACGGUGUUCACCAUCGUGGGCGCGUUCGGCCUCGGCAAGGCCAUCGGCAACGCGCGCGUGGCGGAGGUGCUCUCCGACCUCCUCAUCUCGGCCCUGGGAGGCUUCGGGAGCCGGGGACUCCUCGUGGCCAUCUUCGCCGCUACCGUCGCCCUGGGCGUGAUCUUCCACGGCACCGCGGUGGUGGUGCUGAUGUACCCCAUCUGCGCACAGGUGUCGCGGGACAUGCAGCUUCCCAUCCACCAGGUGAUCGCGGUGUUGUGCAUAUCCGUAUCGUGCCAGAUGUUGAGCCCGAUUUCGUACCAGACGAAUCUGAUGGCGUACAGCACUGGCGACUACACGUUCGCUGACUUUGGAAAGGUCGGUGCUGGCCUCGUGUUCUGCAUCGCGGCCGUGUCGAUCCCGAUGUGCGAGUGGUACUUCCCAGCGUGA